AUGUACGAUCUCUCAAGAGUUGAUAGGGGAUUCAUUUAUCCAGAUAAUCCUAAAUUUGUCAAAAGCCCAUAUAUAAGAAAUCCAGGAUUUCGAGUGCAACCAGAAUUAGCGAUUGCCGAUGCUACACAUAUAGCAGGCAAUUCUAUUAUUGGAGCUACAGUAUGUACUAUAGGUGCUAUAACUAAUUUAAUAAGAUGUGGUGAGGUAAAAAAUGGAGAUUUGACAUGGUUUGUAGGAGAGCAUGAAGUUGAGAAUAUGAUUGCAACGACCCCGAUGACACAACAUGGUGAUAGUGGUGCACCUGUGUUUAGGUUUCUCGAUUUGUUUUCUUUAACAGACCGACUCAGGGUUCAUCUUCUCGGAAUGCAUAAUGCUGCAGGUUUUAUACCUGAAAGUGAAGACAGUCCAGAUGAUAUCCCUAUAUCUGCACAUAUUCCACUAUAUAAAAUUUUAAAAAAUGAUAUGUCUGUUGUUACAAUUUAUGAU